AUGUCAGCGCCAUACAAGCCCACCGCAGAGGAAGCAUCCACAUCAUCCGCCUCGUCCUAUCUCUCCUCCUCCCCCUCGUCCAAAACCCAACGCCCGACCUCCUCAUCAAAUGACCCCUCGCAACCGGAAGACUUUAUCAGCGUCAUGUCGCACAAGACCCCAUCCAAGUUUACGGAUCCCUGCGCACACGCCGCCAAGCUCUCGAUGAAGUGCCUCGACGAUCAUGCCUACGACCGGAGCAAGUGCGGCGACGUUUUUAAUCAGUAUAGGGAGUGCAAGAAGGCGUGGAUCAAUCAGAGACGCACGGAUCGGCUGAACAAUCGGCCUGGCGCAUUCGAUUGA